GCUCGUUUGCUGCUGCUUUGUACAACUAAAACUCCUUGACACAUGUCAGAAAUGUGGGUAGUUAGGUGCGGUGUUAAUGCUGUUAAUAAGCAAUCCAUGGAGAAGGUUUGAAAGACUCAGCGUAUCAUCCUGUAUCCACUUUUGCCAUGGGCAGAGCAAUAAAAAUGCUCAGUACACCAUCAGAUAUGUACAUGAAGCAUGUGGUCACUGUCACUCGAUUUGUUCUGCCGCGCAUGAAGGGCUCGGAAUAUAUCCCUGUUUGCUUGAAAGCCAUUGGGGAAGUUGAGGGGAAAUAUUGUGCCAAGGAAGCAGAAGAUGACUAAAUUAUCAGUCUGCC